CUGUCUCUCUCUCUCUCUCUCUCUCUCCGUUUCUUGUGGACUCUUUACGAGUUGGUUCGAGUAGUUGUUGAAAUGUGGGGCAAAAGUGUUGUUUCCUUCGGAAAUGCGGCGUUUCUUUUCUCUGGUUUUUUGUUACGUGGUUUGAACGUUGAGCUUUGCUGUGGCUACUCUGCUUCCCUGUUUUAGUUGGCUUUUCGUUGGGUUCCUUCGCCAGCCUCUUCCUUUUGGGUUUUCGAUUUGUCCUGCAAAAAGUAAAACUGAAUGUAGCUAUUAAUUACUAGUCACUGUAACCUCUCCGUUGGUGUGUCCAUGCGGUUUCGUGAUGAAGCUAAAAAAAAAUUUAUUCACUCUUAUAACCUCAUUCGUUGCGGGGUCUUCAGGGCCGUUCAAGAAUCAGGUCAGCUGAAACCUGGGUUUUGAUUGUUCUUGCCUGAAACUAUCACGAAGAGGGGCUUCGGUUUUUCGGCGUCAGCGAGUCAUAAGGUUCCGAUCGUCUUUCUUUGGCCUCUUUUUGGUCUCUUUAAGCUGAUUCUAGAUCAAUCAUUCAAAUCUACGGUUGGUAAAGCUAUGUGCAGCUCCGUACUUUUGCCUUAGAGACAUUGAAAAACCGAUUUGUCUAUCUUGCUAACGCAUACUUGAAGCUGGAAUCGCUUAAACUGUGGUUUAAAGGACCAAACCGACGGAACGGCAUCAAGUUACCUUGUCAAAAGCUCUUUAAAGCAUUGCCCAAAUACUGAUACCUUCUCUGUUUAUCUCGAGCUCAGAUCCUCGGCUUUUGUUUUUAUUUUUUUCCUGAACCAAUUCAUAACCGAACUCUUUGGGCUUCAUUACCAUAAAUCAGAAAAAUGCAGAAACCUCCUCAACCCCAAGAUUUUGCCCUAAGAGAGACUUCACCAAACAUUGGUGCUGGAGCAGUCACGCCUGCUGACAAGCUCGCCUGCACCUAUGACCUCGUUGAGCAAAUGCAGUACCUCUAUGUACGGGUCGUCAAAGCCAAGGAGUUACCAGGGAAGGACGUAACUGGUAGUUGUGACCCCUAUGUCGAGGUAAAACUCGGAAACUAUAAGGGAGUCACUCGGCACUUCGAGAAGAAGUCGAACCCAGAGUGGAACCAGGUGUUUGCUUUCUCAAAAGAGAGGAUUCAAGCAUCAAUCAUGGAGGUGGUGGUGAAGGAUAAGGACGUCGUGCUCGAUGAUUUCAUGGGAAGGUUAAGUUUUGACAUCAAUGAAAUUCCUAAACGUGUUCCGCCUGAUAGCCCAUUGGCUCCUCAGUGGUAUAGAUUGGAAGACCGAAAAGGGGAGAAGGUAAAGGGAGAACUAAUGCUUGCCGUUUGGAUGGGAACACAAGCCGAUGAGGCAUUUCCGGAUGCUUGGCACUCAGAUGCAGCAGCAGUUGCAGGCCAUACAGUUUCGCAUAUUCGGUCUAAGGUUUAUUUGUCCCCAAAGCUCUGGUAUGUAAGGGUCAAUGUCAUAGAAGCUCAGGAUUUGGUACCUAGUGACAAAAGUAGGUAUCCUGAAGUUUUUGUGAAGGCGAUCCUUGGAAACCAGGCUUUAAGAACUAAAAUAUCUCAAAGCAAGUCUAUAAACCCAAUGUGGAAUGAAGAUUUGUUGUUCGUGGUCGCCGAACCAUUUGAGGAGCCCUUGAUUCUUACUGUAGAAGAUAGACUGGCGGGAAACAAAGAUGAAGUGCUUGGGAGGUGCAUGAUCCCGCUGCAAAACGUGCAGAGGAGGCUGGACCAUAAGCCUGUUAACACAAGGUGGUAUAAUCUGGAGAAGCACAUAGGAGAGGGAGAACAGAAGAAGGAGAUCAAGUUCGCGAGCAGGAUCCAUUUGAGGCUAUGUUUGGAUGGUGGAUAUCAUGUUUUAGAUGAAUCAACACACCACAGCAGCGAUCUUAGGCCGACGGCAAAACAGUUGUGGAAGUCCAGCAUUGGGAUUCUUGAACUAGGGAUUCUAAGUGCUCAGGGGCUCAUCCCAGCGAAAUCGAGAGAUGGAAGAGGGAGUACGGAUGCUUAUUGUGUAGCUAAAUACGGGCAGAAAUGGGUGAGGACACGAACAAUUGUCGACAGCUUUAGUCCUCGGUGGAAUGAGCAAUACACUUGGGAGGUUUUUGACGUAUGCACCGUGAUCACCAUAGGGGUUUUCGAUAAUGGCCAUAUCCAUGGAGGAGGAGAUAAAGGUGGAGGUGGAAAAGAUUCAAGAAUUGGCAAGGUCAGGAUUCGACUGUCCACGCUCGAAGCUGAUAGAAUUUACACACACUCCUACCCCCUUCUGGUUCUACAUCCUUCGGGGGUGAAGAAGAUGGGCGAGGUUCAAUUGGCCGUGAGGUUCACAUGCUCUUCAUUAAUAAAUAUGUUGCACAUGUACUCGCAUCCAUUAUUACCAAAAAUGCACUACGUCCACCCUUUAUCUGUAAUCCAGCUCGAUAGCUUGAGACACCAGGCGAUGCAGAUAGUGUCGAUGAGGCUGAGCCGGGCUGAGCCACCACUAAGAAGAGAGGUGGUGGAGUUUAUGCUCGAUGUAGACUCACACAUGUGGAAUAUGAGGAGGAGCAAGGCCAAUUUCUUCAGAAUCAUGGGUGUCCUGAGGGGUUUGAUUGUGGUUGGGAAGUGGUUCGAUCAGAUCUGCAAUUGGAAGAACCCGCUCACUACCAUCUUAAUCCACAUUUUGUUCAUCAUCUUGGUGCUUUACCCGGAAUUGAUACUUCCCACGAUUUUUCUCUACCUAUUCAUCAUUGGGAUUUGGAAUUACCGUUGGCGGCCAAGACACCCUCCUCACAUGGAUAUUCGACUGUCUCAUGCAGAUGCGGUUCAUCCCGAUGAGCUCGACGAAGAGUUCGAUUCGUUCCCCACUUCCAAAGCAUCAGAUAUUGUUAGGAUGAGGUAUGAUCGUCUCAGAAGCAUAGCAGGAAGGGUUCAAAUGGUGGUCGGUGACUUGGCAACUCAAGGUGAAAGGUUUCAGUCUCUUCUGAGCUGGAGAGACCCGAGAGCAACUACUCUUUUCGUGACCUUCUGUUUAGUUGCUGCAAUCGUUCUGUACGUCACCCCUUUCCAAGUUGUGGCACUGCUUCUUAUAUUCUAUGUGUUGAGGCAUCCCAGAUUCCGGCACAAGUUGCCUUCGGUCCCCCUCAAUUUCUUCCGGAGGCUGCCUGCGAGAUCAGACAGCAUGUUGUGAGAAGUCGAUUUCUUCGGCUCCCCUCCAUGACACGGAUUGUUUCCAAGAAAAGCAGAUGAAUGCACGGGGUUGUUCGCACAGAAAUAGGUGCAUACCGGUUACACAAGUCCCUGGGUUGUAGUAUUCCUUGAAACUUCUUCUUGCACUAUAGUUGCUUAAUUAUACUAAGCUAUAUCUUUGUUUAGUAUGGUCGAUGCAAUUCCACUAGUUUAUCUCCCUCAA